AUGCUUCCCGUCAUCCUUGCCGCCCUUUCUUUCGCUUUCACGGCAUCAGCAUCUCCUGCAUGCAAAGUAAACCCACAUGAUGCAGAAUGGCCUACCCAUUCAGAGUGGGCGUCUCUCAACAGUUCUAUCGACCACAGGCUUCUAAACACUGUGCCAGUGGCUUCAUCUUGCUGGAACGGGAAUCCAUUUGGCUCGCCGGUCAAAUGCAGUAACGUCAAGUCCGAAUGGGAGAAUGCUUCAUGGCAAUCCCAAUUUCCGGAGACUAUUGACUAUCCAAUCUUUGCAAACAAUUCCUGCCUGCCACCUGAUGCCUCGGGCUAUGUUAAGGAUCGUGGUUGUUCCAUUGGUGGCAUGCCUCAAUACAUAGUCAAUGCCACUUCCGAAGAGCAAAUUGCAAUAGCACUCAAGUGGGCGGCUGCCCGCAAUAUCCGGGUCGUCGUUAAAGGAACCGGUCAUGAUCUGAACGGAAGGUAUGUCACAUUCGUUGCGAUUUACUAUAGGGCUUCAUCGCUAAUAUUUGAACCAUGGUGCUUAAGGUCAAGCGGUGCCUUUGCCUUGUCUAUCUGGACCUAUAAUCUGCGCAAGUUGGAACGCCACACUUCCUGGAAGAAUCCCUCCACAAACAGUUCCGAGGAUGUGUACAUCGUUGGCAGUGGCCAACAAUGGGGUAAUGUCCUCGACUUAGCCCUCGCACAAGGCAGAGUGGUCACAACUGGCCAAGAUCCUAGUGUCGGACUCGGCGGCUAUAUCCAGGGAGGCGGCCACGGACCUAUUUCUCGCACCUACGGCCUUGCGGCUAGUCAUGUCUAUCAGAUGAGAGUGGUAACGAGCGAAGGCCAUAUUCUGGUUGCCAACGAUGCCCAGAACCAGGACCUGUUUUGGGCACUCCGUGGUGGCGGUCCUGGUUUGUACGGCGUGGUAACCGAGUAUGUCAUUAGACACCAUCCGGCACCUCGGAAUGUGGUCAUGGGCAAUGUUCUUAUCGCACCUAAGGAUAGCAGCAAUCACAGUGCAGAGAUUUCAUGGGAUGCAGCCGUGACACAUCUCUCUGCCCUUCCUGACCUUAUGGAUGCCGGACUCGCAGGAGCCGCCAUGGUGGCCGUCGGUGAUAUGGCUGUAUCAUUCGGGUCGCUCGAACAGUGGACAUCGGGUGUGGUGGUCAAGCAGGUCUUCUGGUCAUUCAACUCCACUCCUGCUGCGAUGAAGGCGCUGGUAGAUCCCGUUCUAGCCAAUAUCACCAAAGCGGCUGGUGGAAACAGCAGUAUCUCAAUCUCAUUUACUGCAUCCAACUCCGGGAAUUAUUCCUCCUUUUACGAUGUUAUUUCUGGUAGCUCGGGAGUGGCCGGUCGAGAGAGCGUAGUCUCCAGCCGCCUCCUCGGACGUGCUGAGCUUAAUGAAACUCCUCAUCAGAAGCAGAAAGAAUACCUAAAGAUUGCGAUGCGCUCGCAAAACGAAACAGCUGGAACUUAUGCCACGGUCGGCCUACAGGGUGGUCCUGGUGUACGACGCACGGCUGAAAAGAACUGGGGUGCAUUACUUCCUGCUUGGCGUUCCGCCUAUCUCCAUUUCAUCUCCAAUGGUGCUACCGUCGACUCCAAAGCUACAGGCUCACCGAAAUUGGCCUUACAAAAGGCAGCCCGGUGGAAUGAGGUCAAGGAGCGGAUGUGGAGACAGUGGUCACCCAAUUCAGGUGCCUACAUGAACGAAGCCAAUCCGUACACCCGGAACUUCCAGCGGGACUUCUACGGCUCAAACUACGAGCGUCUCGUGCAGGUGAAAGCCAAGUAUGACCCUAGCUACAGUCUUUUCGUUCUCUCGGGUGUGGGAAGCGACGACUGGAAUUAUGAUUUGGAUACUGGACGACUCUGCAAGGGUAACUGGUAA